CGGUGCUCAGUUGAAUUCCAUUGCCGUCCAUUAAAACAGCCGACUUGGAAAAUACAAUAUCAAAAGUGUGGUCGGUUUUACUGUGGUUAAUUAUCGCUAAUGAUGACAUAUCUGCGGAUAUCUGAGAAGCGCUCUCCGCAUGCGUAACGCACGCGUCUUCGACCCUGUCGCGGCUCGCUGCAUUGCCUGACGAAAAAAACGGAACAAUUGCUGGAUAAUUCUCCUCGUGACUUCAGUUAUUUCGCUGCUGAAAGCCGCAGGAACUCGAAUGUGUUUUCUGUCAUGAGUCCGGCCGGGUGCUCCCAUGUGAACGGCUUCAAAGUGGACAACUGGAAGCAGAAUCUGCGGGUCAUCUACCAGUGCUUUGUGUGGAGCGGAUCUGCCGAAACCAGGAAACGCAAGGUAAAUAACACACAUCAGAGCCCGGUGCUGCAGUGUAUCGGCCCAGCCUUCAAUCUGCAGCUCUCCCGACGGAUAUCUCUUCAGCAUCCGCCUUUACGCCGUUUCUCUCAGCUGAUCUGCUUGAACGAGCCUCCAGCGGCUGAUCAGAGUCCAGAGGCGUUCGCUCUGCUCAUCUGCAUGCGAGAUGACAAUGGGAAAAAAGCCAACAACCCAAACCACUGCAACUGCAUUAUUGACCAAAUCUUCACCGGAGGCCUGCAGUCUGACGUCACCUGCCAAGUCUGCCACGGCGUCUCCACCACAAUAGACCCAUUCUGGGACAUCAGCCUGGAUCUGCCGGGCUCCUCCACCCCGUUCUGGCCGCUCAGUCCCGGCAGUGAUGGCAGUGUGGUGAACGGAGACAGCCACCCGAGCGGAGCCACCACGCUCACAGACUGCCUGCGCAGGUUCACCAGACCCGAACACUUAGGAAGCAGCGCCAAGAUAAAAUGCAGCGGUUGCCAUAGUUACCAGGAGUCUACCAAACAGCUGACGAUGAAGAGGCUUCCUAUAGUGGCCUGCUUUCACCUCAAACGGUUUGAGCAUUCGGCGAAACUGCGGAGGAAGAUCACCACAUAUGUGUCCUUUCCUCUGGAGCUCGACAUGACGCCCUUCAUGGCAUCAAGUAAAGAGAGCCGAAUGAAUGGACAGUACCAGCAGCCAGUAGACUCAUUAAACAAUGAUAAUAAGUAUUCUCUGUUUGCGGUGGUCAAUCAUCAGGGCACGUUGGAAAGUGGCCACUACACCACAUUCAUCCGGCAGCACAAGGACCAGUGGUUUAAAUGUGAUGACGCCAUUAUCACUAAAGCCAGCAUUAAAGAUGUUCUGGACAGCGAGGGGUACUUGUUAUUUUACCAUAAACAGUUCCUUGAAUAUGAAUAAUGGAUGAUCCAGACGGGACUGAGUCCAAGCUGUGAAGGGAAAAGAUGAUCUGAGUGAAGGAGGGAUGAAAAAACGGUGUAAAUCCUCCACUCGAGAGCCGGACAGACCCCAGAGCCUUCUCACAAACCACGAAAACAAGACAUCGAAUCAUUCAAGAAUAAAAAAAAAAGAAAGCGUACACAGCUAAACCAAUCUGCACUGAGCAUCCGGAGCAUACUUGACGGACGGAGGAGGAGGAGAAAAGCAGCCUCCACCUUUACUACAGGAUCACAGACAGACUGACAUCACUCACUCACUUCUGCUGCCCCGUUCUCAUGAAGUAUAUGAGGGAAAAGCGAUUCCUUUUUGAUUUCUUGGUAUGCAUUAUCGAUGUACUGAAUGCAAAGGAAAGGUGUUAUUGACUUCAGCGUAAACCUAUAUUGUUGUUUGACGAAAUACUGUCCGUGUCCAGCACUUUUAGUUUCCAUUCAGACGAGUUUCUCAAUCUCUCUCUCUCUCUCUCUCUCUCUCUCUCUCUCUCUCUCUCUCUCUCUCUCUCUCUCUCUCUCUCUCUCUCUCUCUCUCUCUCUCUCUCUCUCUCUCUCUCUGUCUCGCUCUCUCUGUUUUUUUUGUUUGGUUGAGGGCUGAAAUGUAUCUCUCUCUCACACACACACACACACACACACACACACACACAGAUCUAUAUAAAUCUAUUUUUAUAAGUCAUUUGUUUUUGUUUACGUGUCCGAGACCCGCAUCUUUUUGUGUUCUGUGAUUGGCUGUGAGUGCAGAGGAGAGUUUGAGCUUGAUCUUUGCUUCCACUGGUUUGGAUGUCGCUGCAGGUUUGGUUGCGAAGGCUUGUGUGUGUGUGUGUGUGUGUGUGUGUCACGUUUCUAAUGUUUUGUGAACAACCACCUUUAUUUUCAUGGCUUGAUUCAGCAGUGUUAUUCUCAGCCACGUGUGUGUGUGUGUGUGUGUGCGUGUGUGUGUGUAUGUGUGUGCAUAUAUGCAUAUUUAUGUGCACGCUCAUAUGUGCAUGAGUGUAUGUUUGAGAGAUUGCAUGUCUAUACGUGUGCGCGCGUGUGCAUAUUUAUGCACACAUACACACAUUUUAGUGUGUACAUGGGUGUGCAUGUAUGCAUAUUCAUGUACACACUAAAAUGUGUGUAUGUGUGCAUGAAUAUGCAAAUGUAUGGAUAUCCAUGUACGUGUGUGUGUGCGUGCGUGCAUGUGUGUGUGCACGUGUUUAUGUAUGCAUAUUUGUGUAUGCACUGUCUGUGUGUGCGCAUGUAUGUCUGAACAUGCAUUUCUUUGCACACACUUGUGUGUGCAUAUGUGAGUGUGCAUGCAUAUCCAUGUACACACUUGUGUGUAUGCAUUUUUGUACACACGCAUUUGUGUGUGCACGCAUUCAUAUAUGCAUAGCCUCGUACAUGUAUGUGUGGAUGCGUGUAUUUAUAAAUGUGUGCGCGCGCGCGUUCAUGUAUGCAUAUGUGUACGCACUAUUAUGUCUGUGUGUGUGCGCGCUUGUAUGCAUAUUUGUGCGUGUGCGUCUAUGCAUAUCCAUGUACACACUCCUAUUUGUGUGUGUACGCACGUACAUGUAUGCAUAUUCAUGUGUGCACUAAUAUGUUUGUGUGUGGGAGAAUGUGUGUAUACACGUGUGUGUGUGUGUGUGUGUGUGCGUGUGUGUGCGUGUGUGCGUGUGUGUGUGUGUGUGUGUGUGUGUGUGUGUGGGCAUGUAUGCAUAUCCCUGUACACACUUAUAUAUGUGUGUGCUAGUGAGUGUGUGAAAGUGUAUGUGUGCGCAUGCAGGUAUGUGGCCACCUGUGUGUUGGUGUUGUUAGUGUGUGUGUGUGUGUAUGCGUGUACUGAAUCAGUACUCAAACUUGGCAUGCCGUUUAAAGUGGAUGCUAACAGACUUUGGGGAGGAUUUUAUAAAUGUUAAUUAUGUAUCUAUGUAUAGUAUGUAUGUAUGUAAUGUAUGUAAAACAAAUCAAUUGAAAAUGGUGAAGAAAAAAUCGCA